AUGCUGCACUGUGCCGGCUGUGAGAAGCCCAUCGUGGACAGAUUCCUGCUCAAAGUUUUGGACAGACCGUGGCACAUCAAAUGUGUCCAGUGCUGCGAGUGUAAAUGCACUUUGACUGAGAAGUGUUUCUCUAGAGAAGGGAGGCUGUACUGUAAGGACGACUUCUUCAGGAGGUUUGGGACCAAGUGUUACGGCUGUGAUCAGGGUAUUUUACCCAGUGAUCUGGUCCGCAGGGCCAAAAGCAAAGUGUUCCACCUGAACUGUUUCACCUGUAUGAUGUGUAACAAACAGCUGUCCACCGGAGAGGAGCUCUACAUCCUGGACGAGUUCAAGUUUGUCUGUAAAGAGGACUAUCAGAACAACAAUGGCAAAGACACAAUACUGCUAUCAGUGACGACGUGCAGUGACCCAAGUCUGUCCCCGGACUCGCAAGACCCGCAGGACGACGGGAAGGACUCUGAAUCGGGACAUUUGUCUGAUAAAGAAGUGUGUAACAACGAGAACGACGAGCAGAGCGGCGUCGGGAAACGGCGCGGGCCUCGGACCACCAUCAAAGCCAAACAGCUCGAGACCCUGAAAGCGGCGUUUGCAGCGACGCCGAAACCAACCAGACACAUCCGGGAGCAGCUGUCGAGGGAGACUGGCCUCAGCAUGAGAGUCAUCCAGGUGUGGUUCCAGAACCGGCGCUCCAAAGAAAGACGCAUGAAGCAGCUGAGCGCGCUGAGCGGACGGAGGCACGUCUUCUUCCGCGGCCCGAGGAGGAUGAGGGCUCUAGGAGAGAGGCUGGAGGCGGAAGAGCUGGGGCACUUCUCUUAUUAUGGAGAUUAUCCAGGUGAAUACUACAGCUCAGGAGGGAAUUAUGAGUACUUCCAGGGCCCUCCGUCGUCCCAGGCUCAGACUCCAGCAGACCUGGGCUUUGUCCCCUCCUCUGUCCCCUCUGGCACUCCGUUAGGAGCCAUGGACCACCACCACCCUGGGCAGUGUUUCUCUGACACAGUGUCUGUUCAUCACCCUGCAGACUCACCCAGUCCGGAGCCCAACAUGUCGGGCUCCAUGCACAGCAUCUCCAGUGAGAUGUGCGGACCCGGCACACCUUAUACCUCUGUGUCGCUCAGUGACAACGGAUACACAAACCAGCUGUCCCAGACCUCCUCUGACAUGAGCGAAGGCACCGUGUGGUAGUCCAGAGGACACCUACAAGCACACCUUUAUUUUAAGGAAUAUCAAUGCAUUUUUGGACUUUUAUUUACUUAUUUAUUUCCUAAUUUUAAUGUAAAUGUAUUAAUUUAUCAUUAUUUAUUUAUUUAUUAGCUUGCAUUGCUGUUAAGCUCUAUUUAAGUAUUUAUAAAUCUCUAUAUUUGUACGUUGGUAUAAUUGUUUAUUGACUUGCAGAUCAAUAGAUUGUUUCAAAUAGACCAUGUGAAUUUGACUCAUUAAUACAUCGACAAUGCUGAGCCUCAUUGAUCAAGCAAUAAACAACAAACACAUUAAUAGGCAGCAGAAAGUGUUUUGUUUACUGUUUACAAAAGCUUUUCUGGCACAUUUUGACAUAAUUUGUCUUUAAAACAUUAAUACAAAAGUGUAUUUUCUUUAAUUGCUUUCAGUAUUACAUACAGCCUCUUUUAUUCAUGUGGAGUAUGAUUGUCAUGUUCAUACAUUGACCAAAAACCUCUCUCAGGACUGUCAAACGUUUGAUUUUGUCAAGCAUUUCCUUUCAAACAGUUAACCAACAUGUCUGCCUUCUAAAGGAUACCUUUAUAAUGUGGAUUUUUUAAAUAUGUGACUAAAAAAUUUGACUUUAAUGUGACAAGCAGUACAGUCAACUGUUUACUUAAAGCGCCAGUAUUCAGGGCUUUGGAUAUCAGUAUUGUAUAAAAGCUCUUGAUUUAAUGCAAACUAACCAAACUUUUGUAGCUGUUUUAUUUAUGUGGUCCCUCACUGUGCUCAUUUGUACUGUCCUCGUUGAAGAAAACAAUAAAUUGUUGCCAAAUGAA